AUGCCAACUCAGCACGAGCUGGAACACCUUCUCAAAAAAUACGGGCCCUCAGUUAGCAGUGCCAUAGUUCUUGUGAUUCUUUCCGCUAUUCGCCACUUUCCCGGCCCAUUCUGGGCGAAAACAUCGUCAUUAUGGCUUGCAUUGCAAUGCAGAAAUGUUCGACGCUCGGAAACAGUCUUGAGAUUGCAUCAGAAAUAUGGCGACUUCGUUCGAAUAGGACCAAAUCACAUAUCUGUAAACAAUCCAGAAGCGAUCCAGCAAAUCUAUGGACACAAGACUGGAUUUACUAAGGGCCCUUUUUACGAUGCAUUCCUGCAGGUAACACCAGUAGUCUUCAACACCAGAAGUGUAGCAGAGCAUACACGCAAGAGGAAAUACAUUAAUCCUUCAUUCUCUGCUAAAGCUUUGUCCGAUUUUGAACCUCAUAUGGAUAAAGAGCUUCUGAAUUGGAAGCUUCAGCUGCUGAAAUUGUGUCAAGGAGGCUCUCCCAACGUCGAUUUCGCUGUUUGGACAAAUUACCUAGCCUUCGAUGUUGUCGCAAGCUUCUCCUUUGGUGAGCCCUUCGGUUUUGUUAAAAAGGGUAUGGAUGAAUACAGUCUUAUUCAAAUCAUCGAUGCGCGAGGCGAGUUCAUGAACGCGAUUGGAUCUCUCUCGCCUACCCUUCGAUCAAUCAUGAAAUACAACCCCUUCGACAAUUUCUGGGCGAAAGGCUCAAAGGCACGAGCGGGUCUUGAAAGCAUCGGACGAGCAGCAUACGAGAGGCGUAAAGCAUCCGGAGGGGAUAGCCGGAAAGACUUGCUCGGCUUCCUUUUCAGCGCUAAAGAUCCAGAUACCAACCGCCCUAUUUCAGAAGAUGAGAUCAUAGCUGAGUCGAUCAGUUUUAUUGUCGGCGGAAGCGACACCACGAGUAGCACAAUGACAAAUUUCAUUGAUUUGGUUGCUCGCAAUGCGAACCUGCAAAGCCGCAUCCAACAGGAGAUUGACAAAGUUUUCCCAGGGCAACCUGCUUGGAACUGGAUUCCAGCUGAAAGUGAUAUAAAAGACCUGCCCCUGCUUCUUGCCACUUUACGAGAGGUAAUGCGUUUUCGCCCAACGAGUGCGACGGGGCUGGAACGUGUAACUCCGCAGGGUGGUAGGACCAUAGUUGGACAAUACAUUCCGGAGAAGACAUUGGUUAGCGUACCAACGUUAGGUGUUAUGAUGGAUUCACGCGUAUUUGAGUCUCCUAGAGAAUUUCGCCCAGAACGAUGGCUGGAGCCAGGGUCGGAUAAGAUCAUGGAGUACUUUCUGCCCUUCUCUACUGGUCCCAGGGCCUGCAUUGGAAGAAACUUUGCCUGGAUGGAGAUUCUGAAGGCUGUAGUGGUGGUCUUUAAGAUUUUUGAUGUCAAGAGGACAAAUCCUCAUCCCACGGUGGUACGCGAGGGAUUCUUCAAUAAGGCUACUGAAUGCGAAGUAAGGCUUCAAAAGCGAAUAUUCACUUAG